CGUGCUAGUUCUAGAAUUCUCUGUGUUAGGUUCUCAAUUUUCUCGACUUUUGAGUGUAUUAUCAUGCCUCGCGCUAACAAAUUGCCGAAAUAUGCCCUUUUUGAUUUUAAUGAUGGGUCUGUGGAAACAGGGACAAGUAGUCUGAUUGACGUGGAGUGUGAUGGUGAUGAAACAUCAGACAGAAAUUUCCCGUAUGAUGUGUCUCAUUUUGUUUUCUGGCCGCAUCGGCCAUCCAAAAAUGCUGAAGAAGAAGAAAUAGUGAAACUAAAGCAAUGUGCCAAAAUUCUUCUUUUUGGUAAUGACUUGAUUCAACUAAAACACUAUCGUGAUCAGCUCGCCGAUGAAAUUCUGCCAGUUGCAAGUUUUGGGAAGAUCAGAGAAAAAAUCUGGGAGAAAUCUGACAAACCUGACGAGAAAAUUAAUGGCCAGAUUCAGAUAGCCCUAGGUAGUGGGGAACGCCAGUCUAAGAGAUUAAAGGAAAAAAAGUAUUCGAGUGAAGAAACCAGAGACACAAGUAAACCAAAAACAGCAAAGCAAUCUGUGGUGAGAAAAACAGGCGUGAAAAAGAAGCAUGACAUCCAAAAAAGCGAAGACACCUUGAAAAAAAUUACGGAGCAGAACCCAGCCCAAAAUCUGAGACAAUUAAAUGUACAAGUUUACAAUGAAUCGCAUACUAGUAUAAUUAAUGAUAUAUUAGCCUGAUUUUAUCAUACUAGCUUAUAUUAAGUAUGAUCAUAAAGUAACAAUAUGCAAUUUAAUACAUGCUAAUAAAACAGAAGCAAUUAAUUAUGCUAGUUUUCAAUAAAUCGCAUACUAUCAAAAUUAAUUAUUUGUUACUUUACAAACUGGUAAUAAAAUGUGAUAAAAAAGUAAUAUUAUGCAGUUUGAUACAAGGCGGAAGCAAUUAUUGCUUAAUGUAUAUAUUAUUAGAAGUCAAUUAUUAUGAGUUAUAUUAUAGUUUUCAAUAGAUCGUGUUUCACACCGAUGAAACAAAAGUUAACAUAGUGCAUAGAUGUGAUUAGUGCGUAAAAUUUUGGAAAAUUAUUAUAUGACUCUUAAAAAGGAUAUAAUUCUUUCGGGGUUAGC